AACAUUGAGCACGUCAACAACUAUUAUUUAAAUUUAACUUGUAUAUAUAAAUACGAUCAUGUUCAUCCAUUAAUCUCCACGCAGGAAGAAGAAGAGAAACAAAAGAGAGAUCAAACAACAUGUCAUCUUCCCUGAAGCAGAGAAACCCAACUAGUUCCCAAGCCAAUGACACCGACCAAGAGCCACCCGAGUCUCCACCUCCACAGCUAAGGAGACAACGUUCGACAUCUCACCAAGCCAUGUCACAGACCCUGACGUCAGCUGCAAACUUAGCCAACCUCCUUCCGACAGGAACCCUCUUAGCCUUCCAGCUACUCAUACCUGUCUUCACAACAAACGGCUCAUGCGAGUACGCGACUCGCGUUUUAACCUUAGUGCUACUGACCCUUCUCUCCAUCUCAUGUUUCCUCAGCUCCUUCACGGACAGCGUCAAGGCUGAAGACGGUAACGUGUACUACGGGUUUGCUACUCGCAAGGGUAUGUGGGUUUUUGAUUACCCUGACCCGUCCGGUUUGGGUUUGCCUGAUCUAAGUAAAUACAAGAUCCGGUUCGUUGACUGGAUCCACGCUGUUUUGUCUAUGCUUGUGUUUGGUGCGGUGGCUAUGAGGGACAAUAACGCCGUGAGCUGUUUCUACCCGGCGCCGGAGCAAGAAACCAAGAAGGUUUUGGAUAUUGUUCCGGUGGGUGUUGGUGUUAUUUGUAGUUUGUUGUUUUUGGUUUUUCCGACGAGAAGACACGGUGUCGGAUAUCCGGUCACCGGAGACGGAGGUCGCCGUUAAUGAUUCUUUAGUUUUUUUUCGUGUGUAAAGGUGGUUGACUUAUUCGGUUGUCUGAUCAUUUCGUGUGUUGUACGUUUCUUCUCAUGAGCUUCCUAUCUCUUAAAUAUUAUUGAUAAAUAUUUAAUUUGGUGGUUUGAUAGUAA